UACAACUGCGGAUUGGAAUCGGAAUCAAAAAUGAAUGACUUAAGGCUCGGCUAAAAUGUGAUUAUAUCUGCCUGCCCAAAAGGCAUGCCAUAUGAGAAACAAAAAUUAUAGUAUUCUACGUAUAUGUGUGUGUGUGUGGAGUGGAAUCUUGAAUUUUUUGCCCACAACAAAAAACUAAUUAGAAUUUGUCCAAGGUCUAUAUUUUGGGCAUACGAAUAAAAUACGUGUUUUUCCACAAAAAAAAAAAAAUACAAAUUAAGAAGUGCGAAGUGCGAGUCGAAACUCGUUGUCGUUGUGUAUAUAAGAGUGGUAUUAUAUUGUGGCAUAUGAAAGACCGAAAAAUCUAAAAUCCAAAAAAGCUCUACCCUUGCACCGGUGAUUAAAAUUUUUUGGAAAAUUGUGUGUGUGCGUGUUGUGUGGGCUUUUAGAAAAUUAAAGUUGAAUUACGAGCAAAGCGGCCAGCAAAAGUGAAGGCCGCUUGGGGGUUGUUCUCCAGAGGCAGAGGCAGCCCCAAAAAGAAAAAGAGCGAAUAAAAACUCCACCCGUGGUUAGCGUCAUCAACUCAUUUUAUGUGUUGUUGUCGUGUGCGUGAGAAAAAUCAAUUUUGCAUUUAAACUGACAUACAGACGGAAUCGGAAUCGGAAUCAGGACAAAAGGACAAGGCUGGUUGUUUGUGAGUGGAUGACCGAUGACAUUUUGGCCGCAAGAGAAGCGUAUUAGAAAACCGAUGCUAUCAUGGCUGAUAGCACAGAACCAGGCAGGCAUAAGGAUCCAACCAUAGAUAAUGCCGGCGCUGAUGGAAUUCAAGGAGCCGCUGCUGCCGCUGUCGGCACUGACGUGCCCCCAAUACCAGCUGUUCGACGUCGCCAUGCGCAUGCGCAGAAAACCAUUGAGCGCGUCGAGGAAACAGGACAAGAAUGCAAACAGCUGGAGACAUCGACGGUGACGCGUACAUACAUGAAGACCAUUACCACGUCACUGACCACCUCCAGCGAUAACAAUAGUAGCAGCAUCCACGUCGAGACACCGCCGCAACGCUUGCGCCAAAAGGUGGCACAAUACGAGAAGGUUUGGUCCACCGAUGGCGCCGGCAAACGUCCGGCCGAACAGGGUGCGGAUGAACUGCGUCAGGAGCAGCAGGCCGAUGAUUACGAUGAGGAGAAUCCCUUCGAUAUCGAUGUGCAUGAGAUUGAGCGGCGAUUGCGCGAGGAGCGACAACGCGGCUUGGCCGAGGCAGAGGCAGCUAAGCUGGCCUUUCAGCAGGUCCAUUUGCGGCACACGCCGCAAUCGGCGCCACGUCGCGUUGAGGUGACCAGCGAACAGACGCCGAGUCCGUUUAAUGUGACCCUGAAGACCACCAGCAAGUUGAGUCCUGGCGUCGAGUUGAGCAAUGUCGAGGAUCAGCUGUCGCCGUUCAAUGUGACGUUGCGCACCACACGACGCACAACCACGGUGAAGCACAAUCAGAGCCGUCAAACGGAACUGGAACGCUUCCUCGAUGGCGAGCGUUUGGUGCGCGAGGUGCCAGCUGCCGAUGGCGUGCGUACGAUAAUCACCUCAUCGAUGACUAGGGAUGGCGGCUAUACCGAGGAAAAGAUUUAUCGCCAUGGCGAGGGUUACGUGUCGCCGCGAGAUUCGCCCUCGUGGUCGCGCUCCAGCGUGUCGAGUGAACGUUCGAGUGUCACGUCGCCGCAUAGCGUUGAUAUGACCGCAGGUGGGAGACGCAUACUCAUUAAGCUCGAGGAUGAAUCGAUGGAGAGACGUGAAAUGAGCGAAACAACGAGGUGUGAACACGAGCAGCAACACGAUGAAACUGAUGGCUCGGUGCGAGCACGCAUUAGGCAGUUUGGUGGGCAGGACGAGGAUGCUAUGGCAACGGUAACGGGUAACAUUGACAUUACCGUGGGUAGCAACCCCCGCAGGCGGCGUUUGUACCAACAAACAACACUGCAAGUGGGUGGCAACGAGACACAGCCACAACAACAGCAACCGAAGGAGGAACAGGAACAGCAACAGCAACAGCAACAACAACGACCACCACGUCCAAGCGAACUGUCAUGGCAAACAACGGGUAAAUCAACAACAACAAAGACAAUGCUUACAUCCACGCCGAUUGGCACGAAGGAGCAACCGCAAACAGCAACGCCGGACGCCGAAGUGUUUAGUCCAGCUGCAACGUGCCAAUUGCGCGGUUCUUCAGCGGAAGAAUCCCGGAAAAUUGUAAGCCACAAGAAAACGAUAACCACCAGCAGCAGCAGCAGCACAACGACAAAAUCGUCCUCUACGUCCUCCUCGUCUACGUCGCGCAAAUCCGUCGGUUUCCCAUCCGCUUCGAACGUUGGCGGUGAUAUCUCGUUUACGGCAACGCAAAUACGCAUCGUUGACGAUUCCGCGGACGCGACGGACGUCAUCGAUAACGAUUCCGAUACGGAAGGUGUGCCGGCUAGUAGUCUUGUGAUUGUAUCGACACCAACGCGGGAACGUUCCACAACACCCACAACAUCGCCUUGUACGCCGCACGCAUUAAGCGGCAUUGGCACUUUUAGCAAGAGUCUGCGCCAGGAUUAUCAGACUCAAGCAACACAAAGUGGCCAAAAGGGCAACGAACACCACGAACACGAAUACCAGGAAUUCCAAUCCACAAUGGCUUCGAUCAAUUUCCAACGAAGCAAUUCCCAGUACGACAGCCACAUCAAGGAGAAACGAGAGGAGCAAGAACGUGUGCAGAAGAAGACAUUCACUAAUUGGAUUAAUUCAUACCUAUCGAAGCGUGUUCCACCGCUUCGCAUUGAUGAUUUAAUCAACGAUUUACGCGAUGGCACGAAACUGAUUGCGUUGCUCGAAGUUUUGUCCGGCGAACGUUUGCCCGUGGAGAAGGGCCGCGUUCUCAGACGUCCACAUUUCCUUAGCAAUGCCAAUACAGCUCUACAAUUUUUAGCCAGCAAACGUAUCAAAUUGGUCAAUAUUAAUCCCGCAGAUCUGGUGGAUGGGAGACCACCAGUUGUGUUGGGUCUGAUAUGGACGAUCAUAUUGUACUUCCAGAUCGAGGAGAAUAGCCGCAACCUAGAAUAUUUGGGUCAUGGUAUUGGCGGUUCGGUUAGCUCACUCGACAGUGUUGGCAAUCAUAAGGCUGGUGGUGAUCUAAGGGCUGAGAAAUGGAAGCAAGGUGCCAAGAAAACGCUACUCAAUUGGGUAACAAACGCCUUGCCAAAAGACAGUGGUGUGGAGGUGAAAGAUUUUGGCGCCAGCUGGAGAGAUGGCGUCGCUUUCCUCGCACUUAUCGAUGCAAUUAAAGCGAAUCUGGUUAAUUUAGCUGAGCUAAAGAAGACUAGCAAUCGUCAGCGUUUGGAGACUGCUUUCGAUGUGGCCGAAAGCAAAUUGGGCAUUGCCAAACUAUUGGACGCUGAGGAUGUGGACGUACCCAAACCGGAUGAGAAGAGCAUAAUGACAUAUGUGGCACAAUUUUUGCACAAGUAUCCCGAACCAAAGGGUGCAACACGCGACGAGUCGCAUGUGCAACAAGAAGUGAACGAAUUGCGUCGUUUUCUGGUGGAGAAGACCACCGAAUACGAACCAAUGGUGAUGAUGAAUUCAUUUCCACGCGAUUUUAGUGAAUAUCUAUUGGCACGUUCUGAAGUCGAUGCACAUUUGCCUGCUUACAACCGUCUGAAGCAAUUAACUGAGACUCAGAGCGGUUUUCUGCAGGUCUCACGUCAAUCGUGGGAUGAAAUUAACGAGCUGUGGCAGCGCCUUCAAUACCAGAUGAUGUACUGGCUCUGGCUAUUGGACGCCGAGCUGCCCGGCGAAUUCGGCAUUGUGGGAAAAUGGCUGGCCGAAGCCGAAAAACUGCUCAUGGACAAUGACAUACCCAAUGCAAUGAAUGAGGAGACAGCUGCUGUCAUCAGUAGAAAGUUGGAGGAGCAUAAGCUGUUCUUUGCCGAUCUGCCACGCAUUGUGGCCAUGUUCGAUAAUGCCAAGCGCUCUCCGCUGGCUCAACAAGUGCCGCUCGAGCAGCUGCGCAACAUGGAACGACGCCUUCAAGAGGUCGCGCCCAAGGCGGCUGAACGUCGCAUUCGCUUGAAAUUCCUCGAGCACAAGUGCUGUCUGAUUGCCUUCUUGAACCUAGUCGAGAACAAAAUGCGCGGCUGGACUGGCAAAUAUGGACAAGAGGAGAAGGUUGCCCAGCAGCUGGAACAAUACAAGAACUUUGUCUCACGCAACAAGAUCUUCCAAGAGUUCCAGAAAGCCUUUGUCGACAUGCAACAGGUGGUCGAUGAAUACAAGCGCGAAGGUAACGUGGCACGCAAGGAUAUCAAUGAGAUUGAUCGCUUCAUGUACGAGACUGAGGAGCGUUGGAAGCGUGUCUCCAUGGAGCUUAAGUGUUGCCAGAACUCUCUCGAGGAGGUCGUCAACUGCUGGCGCAACUGGAAUCAAUUGGCGCCCAACUGUGAAGAGUGGCUGCUGCUCGCCGAGCAGAAGCUCAAUCAAAGCGAAGACGAUCGCCUGGAGUUCUUCCAAGACAUUAGCGUGUGGAAGGACAAGUUUGAUGCGCUGGGCAAUGCUGCCAGCUAUCUGAUUGCCUCCUGUGAGGAACCCAUUGCCCAGCAACUGCGUCAACGUCAUGGCGCGCUCGCCGAGCGCUUCGAGCGUCUGUUUGCCAACACCAAACAGUACAUGCAUGCCGGUGACAUUAUUCGCUCGCGUCAAGAGUACAAGUCGGGCAUUGAGAAGCUCUCAAAGUGGCUGCGCGGUGCUGAGAGUGUACUGGAUAAGCGCCAGGUGUUGGGCAACAGCGAGCAGAUUCGCCGAUAUGGCGAGCAGCUGCAGCAGUUGGCAAGCGAAAUUGAUGAUAAUGAGGAGCUGUUCAAGACCAUCAGUCGCACCUUCCAAUCGCUUAUACAGGACUUGUCGCGCGACGAGGUUGACAGGAUGAUGAAGCUGCUUAAGCAGGAGAAGGAAUCGCUGGUGCGCAUACGUGCUCAGCUGCCUGCCAAGCUGCACUUGUUCCAUCAGCUGCAGAUACAGCAGGAGUCGCUCGAGGCCGGUCAAAAGGAGAUCCAUCAAUGGCUGAGCGAAGCGGAGCAACUGCUGGGCACACACAAUCUGGCCGGUGGUCGGGAAGUGCUCAACGAACAGCUGCACAAGCACAAGACCUACUUCUCAAGGACUGUCUAUUAUCGCUCCAUGCUGGAGAGCAAGAACAAGGUGUUCCAGAAUCUGCUGAACGCUGUGGCUGCCGAUGAUAAGAUCGAUACUGCACCAGCUGCUCAGCAAAUGCAACAACUGAAUGAGCGCUUCAAUUAUGUCAUUCAGAAUGCCGGCAAAUGGGAGCAGCGAUUGAACGAUGCUGCCGGUGGUUGGAGCAACUUCAAGGAUAACGAACGUGUCGUUACUGAAUGGCUGACUCAAGCUGAAUCCAUGUUGGUGGAGAAGCACAUUGAAUCGAAGACAACAAUUGAAACGCAAAAAUACUUCUUUGAUCAAGUCAACGAUCGUUGGAUGAACGAUCUGGUGCAGUCGGCACAGCAAUUGCUCACGACUUUGCCUGCCCAGGAACAACCAGCUGUGGUGCAAAGCGUAGAACAACUGCAAACGCGCUGGAAGAAUGUUCUUUCCCAGGCGCCAUUGCAUUUGCUGAAGCUUGACUUCCGUCUGGAUGAGAAUGUGUUCUAUCAAUCGCUUAAGGAUGUCGAAAAGGAGCUGCAACUGGAGCAACAGGCACUCAAUCGCAACGAGGAUGUUGACUCUAUUCUGCAGCGCAAUCAACAAUUCCUGCUGCAACAGGAUACCGUGCCGCGUUUGGAGCGUUGCCUGCAAAACAUGCAGCGUCUCGCACAGGCGCACAGGCAACAUCAGCCCGGAGACAUUAGUUUGGAUCAGGCUUAUGACAAUGCCAAGGCUCAGUGGCAACAAAUGUCCAACAAAUUGGCUGAUAUGCGUCAGACUUUGCAACAAAUCCCAGCACAAUGGCAAGGCUAUCAUCUGAAGUUCAAUGAGAUGAUCGACUGGAUGAACAGCGUGGAUCAAAGCCUCAAGAACAUUGUGAACGAGGUGAACACGAUGGAGGAGUUCGAAAAGGAAAAGGUUGUUUUCCAGAAAAUCUGCCAGGAUGCAGAUAACAAACGUGAGGACAUGAAAUGGCUUGUCAAAACAUUGGAUUCUCUGCUCAGCUAUGCGACCGAAGAUGAGGCCAAUCUGGAGCAAAAGAAACUGGAAGAUUUGAUUGCACGCUACAAGAAUCUGAUACCCACAAUUGAGAUUACCAUGGUCAAGACGGAAGUCUUCUCCAAAUGCUAUACAUAUCGUCGUGAGGUGCACGAAGUUGUUUGUCUGCUGACCAAGGUUAAGGAUCAGACGGCCAACAUUCCGGCCCCCGAUAGCUUGGAGCGUGUCAAUCGCCUCAUCGAGGAGCAACAGUAUGCCAUCAAUCAGCUCGAUCAUCAGCGGCCACACAUCAUGUCAAUGCUACAACGUGGACGUGAUCUAAGUAAGGAUGUGCAUGCUCCUGCCUUUGUCAAUACCGAAGUUAAGAAUCUGGAGACCGGCUGGAAUCAAGCCUACACAGAGACCUCUGACAAGCUGCAGGCACUGAAGGGCACUCAAGCGGUAUGGAGUGAGUUUGUCGAUCAGAAGAACGACAUCUUCUCCAUGCUGCAGACCGCUGAGACUGAGUUGCGUGCUCUGACGCCACUCCAAACCGAUCCCAAGAACGUUAGCCAGGAUCUGAAGUCGAAGCGUGAUCUGAAUGUGCAACUGCAACAGGCAUCGCACCAAUUGCUGCCCAAGUUGCAUGCUCUGAAGUCGGAAUUGGCACCACUUGCUGCCGCCGACAAGCGUCCCAUACUGGAGAAGGAGGUGACCGAGGUGGAGAAGAUGUUCUUCAAUACCAUGGAGCAUGUGAAGGAUCGUGUAGGUUACUUGGAAGACUACAGUGCCAAGUGGAACAACUAUAAGACACGUCUCGCAGAGCUGCAAGAAUGGGCCAACAAAGUGGCACCCAAGAACAUUGAAGCUUUGCAGUCGGAGGAUCUAACGCCCGAGGAGCGUGUCGUCAAGGUACAAUCCUUCAAACGUGUGCUGGGCGAACGCAUGAAGCAACUGGAUUUAUUGGCCGCUGAUGCAUCGGAGCUGGCACCGAAGGAGGGCAACGUUGCGGAGGCGAAGCGUCUGAAGGGUGAAAUCUCCAAAUUGCAGGAGGUGCUCAGUGCAAUCAACCGCAAUGUGGAUCAUCAGUCGCAGGCCGUGCAGGAGGAUCUGGUCAAUUGGCAGCAGUUCCAGGCUGGACUGCAACAGAUCAAGCCCGCCGUGGAGGAGAGCGAAGUCAAGGUAAAUAAUAUAGUUCCUAAGCCGAUCACACUUGAUGAAGCCGUUGCCAUGCAACAAAAUGCCAAACAAUUUGAAACACAAUGCCUGGAGCAAUUGGACAAACUCCAUGGCAUUUCAAACAUCAGUCAUAAAAUGUUAUGCAAAACCAAUGCCCCCGAUGAGUUAGAUGCAAUGCACUCCCGUUGGACGGCAGUCCAUGAAAAUGCAAAACAGGCGAGCGCCAAGCUCGAAAAACUUGUCGCCAAUUGGCAAUCCUUUGAUGCCGAUACCGCCAAACUGGAGGAUUGGAUCAAUCAGGGUGAACAGCAAAUGGGUAAGCGCCCAACCGUACUUAAUACGCCGCACAUUGACAAACUGGAGAAGGAGCUGGUCAAGCUCAAGUCUUUCAACAAUGAGAUUUCGCAGCAGCAAGCCAAACUUGUGGCCCUUGGACAAAAUGCCGAUCAGAUUAGUUUACAUUUGGCACCAGAGGGUGCUGCCGCUGUCAAGGAUCGCGUCAACUUGAUGAAGGGCAAAUUGCAGAAAUUGUCGGAGGCCACACGUGGCAACAUCAAUGAAGUCUCCGAUGCCAUUAUUUCUCGUCAAGAUUUCAAUGCCAAACUUGUGAACUUCUCCAAUUGGAUGGAGCAGUUGCGCAAUCAAGUCACCCAGGUGGAGGAAAUCAAUCCGGAACGCGUGGAGACAAGUCUUCAUGUCAUUCAUGCGUUGCUGCAAGAGCAUGCCGACAAGAAGCCUAGCUUCAAUGCAAUUUAUGAUGAGGUGAAACAAUUGGCUUUGGGCGCCACGCCUGAGGAGUCGAAUGCUCUUAAUGAUGCCUACACUGCGUUGGUGGUCAACUAUCAGAACCUCGAGUCGAAUAUGUUGCAAAAGAAGGCAGCACUCGAAAAGUGGACGGAGCUGUUGGGCUGGAAACAUGACACUGAAUCGCACUUGAAUUAUUUGAAGCAUCAACUGGACAAGCCUGAGGGACCUGCUGUCGAAGAACUGAAGAAGGUCGUCCAGGAGAUUGAUCAUCUUGGUCAAGGUUUUAGUUACUGGAAGGAUCAGGCUAAGCAGAUCGAUGAGAAUCCUGCUAUACAAUUGCGUGAUGCGUUGUCGCGUCGCCCCUUGAUUGCCACACAAAUUGUUAACGAUGUGGAGAACAAAUUGGAGAAUCUGAAGUUGCGUUCGCAGAAUCAGCAACAGCAACUCCAACAGAUGACCGUGCGAAAGGACAAAUUCCAUGCCCUUGAACACAACUUUGGUCAGGCAUUGGAGGAAAAUCGUGCCAAGCUUGAGGAGAUCCUCAAGCAACAUCCCAAUUUGCACAACAUCGAUCAGAUCAUUGCCGAUUUAGUGGCGCUUAAUGAGGCUCUCAAGUAUCAAGCAGAUCUGAAGGACCGCAUUCACGACGAAGGUUCACUGCUGAUGCGCGAGGAUAUUGCCAGCAUGCCAGCCAUACAGGAGAGUCUGCUCGUCUUGGACAAGAAUUAUGAUUCACUCCAGAACGAGAUUGCCGAUCGCAUACAGAAAUACAACCUGAUUAGUCAGGCAUUGCGUGAGUAUGCCGACUCCAAGGACAAGUUCUCCAAGGAGCUGAAAAAGGCCGAAGACCUGUUUAAUGCCAUACCCCAACAACCUGGCGAUGAAACUGAACUCCAUCAGGCCUCAGAGAAAACACGCAAGACCAUGGAACAACUGCGCAAGUCCAAGAUGAAUCUGGAUGAGCUCGAUCGUCGUGGCAACAAUGUUUGCAAGCUAUUUACUGCCAUUGGUGAAGCUGUGCCUCAGGAGGUGCCACAAGAGGUGGCCACUGCUAAGCAGCACUGGCAGGACUUGCACGACAAGACCGCGAAAAAUGCACAUGUCUACGAAACAGAGGCAGUUAUUUGGUCACAGAUCGAAGAUGCCAAGAAGGAUCUGUUGCCUUGGCUGUCGGAGACGAACCAAGGACUUUGCGACGCUGCGGACAAUUCAAUUGAAAUUGAAUUUGGUCCAAUGCGUUUAAGCAAAUAUCGUACUGAGCUGCCUUCUUACCAGGCCCUCAAGGACACCAUCAAAGAGAAGACAAACGACCUGGUUAAGAUUAACAACGGUGCCGAGAUUCCGGCUUUGAGUGCUCUCAAUCAGCUGCUGACCGAACAGUUUGCUGAGGUCAGCAAUAAUGCGGAUCGUUUGAGCGCCGUCACAACCUCGUUCAAUGAUCAGGAGCAGGAACUAAGACGUCGCACCAAGGUUGCAGGCGAACAGGUUAGCAAGCUGCGUGAGCAACUUAUCAAAUGCGAUGAUAUGUCUGGCGAUAACAAUAAGAUCAUGGAACGUUUGCUGCAAUGUCGUGCUCUGCGCGCUCAACUCGAGAACAGCGGCAAUGAGAUUGAGAAUAUCAAGCAAAAUGUGGAUGAGCUGCGUAAUUUGUAUCCAACAUUUAAUGAGUCCAUUAUACCCAAGGAACUGAACAAUGUGCAGAAGCGUUACGAGGGAGUAGACCAGUAUGCCAAGAAGAUCGAGAGUUCUCUGCUGCAAUUCCUCAAGAAGUUCCAUGCCGACAAGGUGGGCAUGCUGAAGCGUCUGAUUGCCACGCAGCGUGAGAAGGUUGCAUGGUGUCAGCCCGAAUCGUCGAGUGACAAAUACAACUUGGAUGUGAAGAAAUCCUCGUUACAGGAAGUUAGUAAGAGUAUCGAUGACUGCAAGGCGCGUCAUGCGGAAACACUUAAAUCUCUGGAGAUGCUGAAGGCCGUCGAGACACCACAAAAUCUCGCUGAGCUCACGAAUGAUGCAUUGCUGAUGGAUAGGGAGAUGCAAGCGUUGCAGGAUAGCUUUGAUCGCAUCAAGGGCAUACUCGAUGAGAAUGUGGAUCUGUGGUCACAGUAUGAACAGUCGAACGAACAAAUCUCUAACUGGCUGCGUGAUGUCGAAGGUCGUGUCAAAGCUGAGACCAGCAGCCAAGUGAAUCUGCCAGAGGUGCCACAGAAACUACAAGAGUUGGCGGUGCUCCAGCAGGAUGUGUUAUCGCACGAGCCCAUUAUCAACAAUUUGGAGCAGACAUCUCAACAACUGAUUGAAAAGAAUCCAGAGGCACGCAUUGGACAAUUUGUCACGCAUCUUGUGCAGCGUUAUCAAACCGUUGCCAAGAGUCUGGCAGGACACAUUGAUAAAAUACGUAGCGCACAGCUGUCGAACGCCAACUUUGCCAAGGCAUCGAAGGACUUUAAUGAAUGGUUCGGCGAUUCCAAAAUUGAGUUCCAGGAAUUGGCACGUAUGGGUUCGCCUGGUUCCUCCUCAGCCACAGCUCAGCAGUUGCAGACCAUUAAGAACUAUCUGAAGACUUUCGAUAAUGGUCAGCUCUUGCUUAACAAUGCCGUUGAUAUUGGAGAGGCACUUUAUCCUGUGGUUUCGCCUGAGAAUCGUGAACGCAUUCGCGCCGAUCUACGUCAAAUGCGUGAAAAGUACGAUUAUCUGCGUGACGAGGCAAAUGCUUUAAUGCAACAGGUUGAAGGUGUGCUCAUUCAGAAGACAUCCAUUGAGGAGAGUUACACACAGGUGUCGCAUUAUCUCAACGAGUCCAAGGCCAAGGUUACCGCUGGCGAUGAACUCUACCCCACGUUGGCCACCAAGAAAGCUGCACUCCAGAACUACAAAACCCAAUUACAGGAGAUUACCUUGCACAAGAAUGCUCUAAAGCAAUUGCAUGAUAAGGCUGUCACUCUUUGCGAUGAUGAGUCAGAACGCAAGACUGAUGAAUCUAUUCAGGAGUACAAUACACUCUCGAAGAAGAUUUCUGAUCGGAUUCAAACCGUGGGCAAUCACGUGGUCAAACACGAAGCCUACGAUCAGGUGCUAGAGAAGGCACAGGAUUGGUUGAACACCAUCAAAUCAGAGGCCAUUGAUAUUCUGAACGAGACCACUUUCGAGAAGGAAGGCGCCGAAGAGAAACUGAUUGUUGUGGAGAAUUUAUUGCAGCAUAAGCCCGAGGGUGACUCUAUUUUCGAUACAUGUCACAAGCUGUUGGAAACGGUGCUAACUCAGACCCACCCCAGCGGUCAUCCAGCAUUGCUGAAGGGUUUCGAGGAGCCCAAGAAGGCUUGGGAGGAAUUCAUGUCGCUGUGCCAGGAUUCAUUGGUCAAACUCAAGCAGCUCUGCUCGAAAUGGGAUGAGUUCGAUUCGAUCAUUGAAGAGCUCGAUAACUGGAUGAAGAAUGUCGAAGCUGUGGUUAAGAAUCAGAACCUUAAGAGCACCGCCGAGGCAAAGAGUGCUCACCUAAAGCAACUGCAGGAGAGUGCCAAGGAUAUUGAGCGUCGUGGCGCUGCCAUCAAUGAGCUCAUGGAUCAGGGUCGUGAAAUUGAAGGUGAAACCGAUUUGAAUCUGAAACUGUCACGUCUCAACACACGCUAUCAAACCCUGAAAAAUCUGUGCAAGGAAUCCAUUGCAAAGUACACCAAUUACGUCAAGGAUCACGACAGCUUUGAUAAGGACUACGAAAAGUUCAAGGAGGAUCUCCAAGCCUGCGUCAAUGAGCUGUCCAAGACCAAUGAGAUUGUCGGCGAUCAAAAUGUGUUGCAAGAACAACAAAAUAAGUUGCGCGAGAUGUCCGACAAGCGUAUUACCGACUCGACGAUCUUCGAGAGCCUCAUUGAUCGCGGCGAGAAGCUUUAUGGUCACACCAGUCCCGAUGGUCGUGAGAUCAUUCGUCAGCAGUUGCGCAAUUUGCGCACAUUGUGGGAUAACUACACGGAUGAUUUGAACUCAGCCACGCAUAAGAUUGAUCAGUGUCUGCUGCAGUUCAACGAGUUUAGCAUUGCACAGGAUCAGCUGACCAAGUGGCUUAAGGAUGUCGACAAGGCCAUGCAGAGUCACACCGAACCAAAGACAACGCUGCAGGAGAAACGCGCUCAGUUGCAGAAUCACAAGCUGUUGCAUCAGGAGAUCACCACACACAAUGUGCUCGUCGACAAUGUUUGCGACAAGGCACAACUUUUGGUAGAUCAAAUUAAGGACAACUCUCUGAAUGUCUAUUUGCAAUCGAUUAAGCAAUUGUUCCAGAAUAUUGUGCAGAAAUCCGAUGAAAUCCUUCACAAUUUGGAGGGCUGUGUGCAAAAGCAUAAUGACUUAAAUAAUGCUCUUAAUGCGGCCAAAACAUGGAUAUCUAAUGAGAAGGCAAAGCUCCUCGAAUGCGACGAUGCUUAUGGCGAGAAAGCAGAUAUUAAACGCAAGAUUGAAACCCUUGGACAGUUAGCCCAAAACAAACCACAGGCCAUGAAUCUUAUUGCCGAUAUUCGUUCACAGUUCGAUAAUGUUAAACCAGCUACGUCUGAGAAGGGUAUUGAGGUGCUUGAGAAGGAAAUUGAUGAGCUGGAGACGACUAUGAAGAGUCACUUCGAUGACAUCGAAGGUAUCGAGGGCAAGCAAAAGGAUGUGCUUGCACAGUGGGACAAAUUCGAGAGCAAUCUCGAGGAGCUCACCAAGUGGUGUCGCAGUGCCGAAGCCGUUUUCCGCGAUCAACAACUCAAAUCGACACUCCACGAAAAGGUCGAGCAGAUGGACAAGUAUAAGAUUCAGCGUGAACUCAUCCUGCAAAAGGAGAAGGAAAUCGACGCCUUCGGCGAUAUGGCCCAUUCGUUGCUCAAUAAUAGCGGUGCUGAUCGACUGAAGACGUUGACAACGCAAAUUACAAAUCGUUAUCAACUGCUCCAAGUGCUCAGCAAGGAGGUUGUUAACCGUUGGUCCAAUCUCGUAGAUGAUCAUCAGUUCUAUCAGGACAAAUACAACGAGGUGGACUUGUGGUUGCAACCCAUUGAAACGCAACUCGAGAAGGCGCUCAAGGAUGAACCUACGCAGAGCUCGAACAUUCUGCAAGUUCUUUUGUCCGAGAAGGAGCAAGCCGAGAGCUUGUUUGCUGCUCUGAAUGCUGCUGGCGAAAAGGCUCUGCCCGAAACAUCCACACAAGGCCGGGAGAAGAUUCGCAAGGAUCUGCGAGAUAUACGCGAUCGUUGGGACAAACUCGACGAGGGCAUUCGCAAUUUGGAGAAACGCCAGGAAGCCCAAACUGUGCAACUGUCUAGCUAUCAGGACAUUCUCAAUCAAACCGUCAACUGGCUCGAUCAGGUCGAAAAGUUGCUGCACAACGAGAACCCCGCCAGCUGGACUAGUGCCCAGGAGAUACGCUCCAAACUGUACAAGUAUAAGGCCACCAAUCAGGACAUCAAUUCGCACAAACGCAUUGUGGAAGCCGUUAACGAGAAAGCGGCCACGCUGCUGACUACCGCUGCUCCCGCGAAUGCCGAUGAGAUUGCCAAAUCCAUCGCCGAAGUCAACAAACGGUAUGAGCAAGUUGGUCAGGAUUGUGGCAAGCUUGUAGCCGAUCUGGAUGCCGCUUUCGAUGUGUACCAGCAAUUCAGUGAGUUGCAAAAGGCACAACAGGAUUACCAGAAGAAUCUCUGGGAUCGUUUGACUGGCUAUUCCGAUUACUCUGGCAAUAAGGCAGCGCUACAAGCGCGUCUGCAAAAGAUCAACGAAAUACAGGAUGCUCUUCCCGAGGGCGUGGCCAAACUGAAGGCUUUGGAGGAGCAUAUUGAGAGUCAUGCCAGCAACAUUCCAGCACGCUCGAAGGAAGCCAUGACACGUGACUUGGCCAAUUUGCAUGCCGACUUUGAGAAGUUUAGCGGUUCGUUGUCGGAUGUAAAGAGCGGUCUCGAGAAUCGUUUGCAGCAAUGGAAUGACUACGAGGUCGACUUGGAUCGCUUGAUCAAUUGGCUGGGAGAAGCGGAGAAUGCGCUGAAGAACUACAAUCUGAAGUCAUCGUUUGAGGAGAAGGAAGAGCAAUUAAAUCGUUUCCAGUCCUUGACACAGAAUCUGCGUCAAAACGAGGCAGACUUUGAGAAGAUGAAGGAUGACACCUCAGAGCUUGUGCAGAGUUCUGGAGAGACUAGGAUCGCUGUUAAUGUGCAGCAAGUCUCGUCGCGCUUCCAAUCGAUACAGGCUACGGCUAAGGAGAUUCUUAAGAAAUGCGAACAAGCCGUCCAAGAUCACGGACACUUCAAUGAGAAGUACAAGCAAUGCUCCGAUUGGUUGGCCAAUGCUCAGGCACGCUACGAUGACUGCAGUGAUCUGUCAACGGUGGCAUCCCGCGAUGAUCUGCUUAAGAAACAGCUGAUUACCCAGGAGCUUUUGGCUCAACAGCCCACAGCGACUCAACUUUUGAACAGCACUGUAGAGCUGGGCGAGAAAUGCUAUAGCUCCACUGCGACAGAAGGCCGAGAAGCUAUUCGCAGUCAACUGGAUGAUUUGACGUUUGAUCAGUUGUUCGACAACAUUGCCAGCACUGCUCGUAAGAUUCAGGAUAAGAUUGCCAGGUGGUCGGGCUUUGAUGAGACCGCUGACAGUCUGAAGAGCUGGUUGGACACUGUGGAGCAAGAGUUGCCCGCUGAAAUUGAGUUGAAGACUACACUCGAUGAGAAGCGCAACAAAUUGCAGUCAUAUCGCGAUAUUGUCAAUGACAUUAAUAACCAUCAAGUUGAGGUGGGCAAUCUGCAAGAGAUUGCCGCCAAUUUGCCAGAGAAAACCGAACAUGUUGAUCAGAUUCUUAAGGACAUCACUGAUCGCUUCGGCAAGCUGCAAAAACGCGCCCAAGGUUACGUGGAACGCUACGAGGGCAUUGUAAGUGCUCAUCAACAGUACUCCAAGGCGGUCAUGGAUGCCCAAGAGUUUAUCGAUGCCACCCAGAAUACUGUGCACUAUUGGGGCGAUCUGGAUUUGGAGCAAACAUCAUUGCAUACCAAUCUCGAUCGUCUAAAGAACCUGAAGGCUAGUCUGGCUGAUGAAUUCCCACGUGUUGAUCAAGUACGUGCGCUGGGCGAGAAGGUUAUACCCGGCACUGUUGAUGUGGGACAAGUGAACAUCAAGUCUCAGAUUGAUACCACACAACAGGAAUGGGAAGGUUUGCUGGCGGCUAUCAGUUCAACCAUUGAAGCCAUUGAAUCACGACUACAACAAUGGUCAGAGUACGAGCAAUUGCGUGAUCAAUGCUUGGCUUGGAUUCGCGAUACAGACAACGAUUUGCAUGCCAUUGAUCUGAAGGAGGAUCUGCCCAAAAAGCGUGCGCAACUUGAUGCGUUGAAGGCGUUGCAGGGCGAUGUGCGUGCCAAGGAAUUGGAAGUGGACAAUGUUACAGAGAAGGCACAAACUCUGCUCAAGGGAGCCACGACAACAAGAGCAUCAGGCCCCGAGUUGGUGACCAAAUACCAGCAAAUCUUCCACAAGGUCAAGGACUUGAACAAUCGCUGGCAACAAUAUGUUAGCUCGCACGAGGACUUUGAUAACUCAAUUUCAGAAUGCUCAUCGUGGAUCAAUGACAUUAAAGAGAAGUUGGACUACUGCUCCGACAUGUCCUCUAUGAGUCCCAAGGAACUGGACAAAAAGUUGGCUACCAUACAGGAUGUUAUACUGCUUAAGGAUGAGGGCUCAGCUCGUGUGCUGAAGAUCUUGGAGCAGGCACAACAUGUACUGGCCAACACAGCUCCUGGUGGACACGAGGCCAUCAACAAGGAGCUGUCUGAUCUGCAGGAUCUGUGGUCCGGCAUUGCUCUGCGUAUUAUGGAUGUCAAGGCAAAUCUGGAUGAUUCCAUUACACAAUGGUCUGGUUUCUUGGACCAAGUGCAGAAUGUGCGCAAGUUCAACGAAUGGUUGGAUACGCUGCUCAAGGAAUUGGGUGAGCACCAAACCACAAUGACAGAGAAACGUGCACAGCUUGACCGUGUGAAGUCCACGGAGGAGAAGGUGCGAGUUGAGAAGAUCGAUGUGGAUGCAUUGAAGAUUCAAGCCAAGGAAAUGAUUGCAAGCGGUCAGCAGAGUCAGGCGGCCUUCCAAGCUCAGAAAGUACUCGACACUUUUGAUGAACUGUUUGGCAAGACACAGAAAUUGCUGUCGGAUCGUCAGGAUCAGUAUCGUGAUCAUCGCCUGUUCAAGGAAGCCUACGAUGAUCUGGUUAGCUGGAUUAGUCGCGCUCGUGAGAAGUUCCCUGCCUUGAAACAGAGCAGUUUGAGCGACAAAUUGGCCAUUGAGAAUGCUGUUCAAGCGACUGAAGCGCUGCUCAAUAAGCAGGCACAGGGUGAACUCCUGGUGGAGCAUUUGGUGCACACAGGUGAGGUUGUUCUGGCAAGUACGUCGACGCAAGGCCAAGAGAUCAUACGCAAUGAUAUACGCGCCCUACGUGAUAGCUUCGAGAGUUUGUUCCGCGAAAUCAAUCAGCAGAAGGAGAACUUGGAAGUUACCAUGGUGCAAUGGCGUGCAUAUAAAGAGGAGUAUGAACGUCUCAUGGAAUGGCUGCAACAAAUUGACAUACUUGUGAAGAACCACAAACUCAACCUCUGUCCCAAUUUGCCCGACAAGGAAAAACAGGUCGCCGACAUGCGUGACGUCAUGGCACGCCUCGAGAAGGGCAAGGAUGAUAUUGAUAGAUUCAAUGCCUCAGCUGCUGGUCUACUUAAAUCUCAUUUGGAUAGCUAUGUCAACAAUCAGCUGCGACAUUUGAGCUCCAUGUAUCAGGUUCAGGUGAAUCUGGGCAAGGAUGUGCUUAAGAAGGUGGAAACAAAUCGUGAUCAGCAUCGUGAAUACGAUGCUAACAUGAAAUCGGCCAAGGAAUGGAUUGCCAAUGCCAAGCAAACAAUACAAUCCGCAGGCGAGGGUGCAGGUUCCAAGGAGGCCCUGCAGCGUCGCCUGGAACAAAUCCAGGACUUAAUACGCAAUCGUGAAGUGGGCCAGAACCUGGUGCACACGGCCAUUAACAAUGGCGAGAAAAUCAUCAGGAACACACGCUCCGAUGGUCGCGAUGCUAUUAACAAUGAGAUGAAGGAACUGCAAACCGACUGGGAUCGCUUGGUCAAGAAAAUGUCAACGGCUAAGGUGCAGUUGGAAACGAAUCUACUGCAAUGGGCCGACUACAGCUCCAGCUAUUCGCAGCUGCAGCAAUGGAUCACCGACAGGGAGGCAAAAUUGCAACAGGCUUGCGAGCAAAAAAUUAUCAAAUCACAACGUGGUCAGCCUGGUCUCAGCAGUGGCUUAAGCGAACGCAAGGCCAACCUGCGACAGACCAACAACAUUGUCCAGGAUAUUGUCUCCUUCGAGCCAAUGAUUCAAUCCGUCACCUCAAAGGCAUCGGACUUGCAGCAAGGUGCACCAGCCACUGAAAUCAAUGAUAAGUACGAGAACCUUACCAAACAGGCCAAGGAUCUGUAUGCCAAGCAGAAGAAUACUAUCGAUAGCUAUCAGGCUUUGAUUGAUGCGGGCAAUGAGUUUGCCACCUGGUUGCGUAAUGCAAAGGAACGGCUGAGUAAGUGCUCCGAGCCCACGGGCGAUAAGCAAGCACUUGCGGAGAAGACACAUCAGCUAAAGAUUCUGCAGGGCGAAGUACCAGAAGGUUCAACGAAGCUGCAAAAUGCCUUGGCUCAGGGUGAAAUUGCUUGCCGCACAGCCGAGCCCGAGGAUUGCGCGAUUAUCGAAGAAGAAGUUGCGUUGCUGCAAGAGGAAUUCGAUGCGUAUGUGGAAGCACUCAACAAGGCCAAGGAUUACUUGGAAGUGGGAAUUGUCAAGUGGUCCGACUACCAAGAUCAAUACACCGAAGCGCUCGAAUGGUUGACCAAGACCGAAGCUCUGGUCCAGUCCUACAACAAGCUGCAAGAUAGCCUCACCCAAAAGAAGGUGGUGCUGGAGCAGUUCCAGGGUCAUCUCCAAACACUCUUUGAUUGGCAAAAGACAUUGGAUCAUCUGAACAUGAAGGCUCAAGUGCUUUUGGAGACUUGCUCCGAUACACGCAUCAGCAAUGCCAUCAUGCAGUUGACCACCAAGUAUAAUGCACUGUUGACACUGGCUAAGGAGGUGAUGCGACGCCUGGAGAUGCACUACCAGGAACAUCAGCAGCAUCACACUCUCUACGAAGAGUGCCAGUCGUGGAUAGAGAAUACACGCGAGAAACUCGCAGAUUGUGAGCAGAUUCCUGGCACUUUGAAUGAGGUGCAAAUCAAGUUGAACACCGUCAAGAAUUUGCGUCAAGGUUUCGAAACUGGUCAGAACAAAUUGCGUUACUUGUUGGAGCUGAAGGAGAAGGUCAUCAUGAAUACGGAACAGAAUGGUGCAGCCAAAAUACAGGAAGACACCGAAGCACUCAAGCAGGACUUUGACAAACUGCUUGUGGAUUUGAAUGAUGUGCGCCAGAAGUUGGCCAAUCGUUUGGCUCAGCUCGAGGAGAUCUUCAAGUUGUACAAGAUUCUGCUUGAAUGGCUUGAGGACAUUGAACCCAGUGUUAAGGCAAGUGAAGAGUAUCUGAAUGACUUGAGCGAAAAGCGAGCUGCACUGGAGAAAUUCCGUGUCACGCAACGUGAUAUCAAUGGACACAACGAUAUCGUGGAAAAGAUCAAUGUGCGCUUGCGUGAGGACAACAGCCUGGACAAGAAUGACUUCCAGCCUGGUCUGAGCAAGUUUGAAGAUCUGCAAGCGCAGGUCAACAAGAUUAUCGAAUCGCUCGAGAAUCAAGUGAACAAUCACGAAAAGUACAAGCAUGCCUACAAUGAGCUGCAAGAUUGGCUGCGUCGCACUCGCAUUGAGGUGGAACAGUGUGCCGAUUGUCAUGGCGAAAAGGACCGCGUUGAGGAUCGUUUGAAUCGUUUGGGCGACAUACAAUCCACUUCCAUGCAGGGCAAAUCGCUGCUGGAUGCUUGCGAAGAGCUCAGCCAGGCGGUGAUUGCCACCAGCGGCAGCGAAGGUCAAGAUAAUGUGGCCCAAGAGAUUAAGCACUUGAAUAGUGAGUGGGAAACAUUGCAAGCUCUGUCGAGAGAUGCACGCAGCGGUCUGGAGUCAUGUUUGGCCGCUUGGCAGACGUUCCUGCAGAAAUUCAACAAGAUUAAUCUGUGGAUUGAUACAAUGAGCAAGCGCGUUGCCAAAUCUCAUGAAGGCGAUAACAAAACCCCCGAAGAUUUGGUCAAUGCCAAGAAAUUGCUGGAAGAGGUGCUCGCUGAAAAGGAGAAUGUCGAGGAUUUGAACGACAACUGCGAGCUACUCAUGGAACAAAGCGCCUGCACUCGCAUUCGCGAUCAAACCAUUGAAACUCAAGCCAACUAUACUAAAUUGUUGACUGCCGCCCAGGGUCUGGUUGCCAAGAUUGAGAAGAAUCUGUCGGAUCACACUGAGUUCCUUAAUUACAAGAACGAAAUGGAUGCGUGGAUUGAGAAGGCACAGCAAGUGCUCAAUGAUUGCACCAUUGAUGGAAAUGCCCAGGCUAUUGCCCAAAAACUGGAGACAGUUAACUCUCUGUCCUCGCAUCUGCCUGAGGGUCAGCAUUUGCUUGCCAUGGUGCAGGAUGCCUACUCGAAGGCCUCUAACAUUACACCCGAGGAUAAGCAGGAGAAACUGCGUGAUCUGAUGACAAAGGUACGUGAGGAUUGGGAUGCCCUGGGUCUGGCUGUUAAACAGAAGCUCAGCGAUUUGAAGCAAGCACAAAACCGCUGGAAUGACUUUGCUGUCAACAAAGAUAAACUCGACAAGUGGCUGGUCGAAACGGAGAAGACAUUGAAGACACCUCCAGAGACCAAGGGCGAGUUGAGUGAGAUGAAAACACUCUUGGAACGCUACAAGACACUGUCCAAUGAACUCAAGCAGAAGGGCAACGAUCUGGAACAUCUUAUGUCGGAGGCACGCGAUCUGGGCACCGAAGUGGAUGCUGUGAAUCGUCUGCAAUCCCGUUGCGAUAAACUGAAGAACGAUUGUACUGCAUACAUCAAGGACUUGGAGCAAGAGAUGCUCGACUAUAAUGCAUACCACCAGAGUCUGCAAGAUGUAGAGAAAUGGUUGCUGCAGAUCUCCUUCCAGCUGAUGGCACACAAUUCCCUCUUCAUUUCAAAUCGUGAGCAAACCCAGGAGCAAAUCAAACAGCACGAAGCGCUGCUUGGUGAAAUUCAAAAGUAUCAGACCAAUUUGGAUGAUCUAAAUGCCAAGGGACAGGCGCAAAUUAAACGCUAUGAACCCACAACUCGCGAAAUACGUCCAACUGUUGAGUCGCAGCUGAAGAACAUUCAGGACAGCUAUAACUCAUUGUUGCAGACAUCAGUGCAAAUUAAGAAUCGUCUCUUGGAGUCGCUUGCCAAGUUCCAGGAGUACGAAGAUACGCUGGACAACAUUAUGCGCAAUCUGGAGACCUACGAGCCAAUCAUUCAAUCGGAACUUGAUGCCCCGGCUACAAGCUUGGAGUUGGCACAGAAUCAACUCAAGUGUGCCCAGGAUAUGCAGCAAAAGCUGAAUAACGAAAAGUCCCGUCUGGCAGCCGCUGUGCAAGCUUGUGAGGCAGCCACAGCGUCGAUCAGUCGACCAAGCUCUCCUCUAGAGACAGCUAUGCAUGCGAUACCCGAACGUGAACUGAUGGUGCGCGCCAAGCUAGAAGAUCUGCUGGAUCAGCCAACGCCAAAUACUCAGAGCUCAACGAAGAAUGUCGAUGAAGAUGGUGAUGAUGUCGAUGACGUUGAGCUCAGCGAAGUGAAUGAGGCGUUAAUGGAUCCAAUUGCUCACGAGCGUAUUACGAACUAUCGUCGUAUAGUACGCUUGAAUAGUGCACACGUGAGCAAGCUGAAUGCACUUGUCGCUAAGGUGCAAUCCCACUUGGGUGGUUUGACUGCAUCCGUUAGCGAGCUGGAGCAACAGCAGAAGCAGCGCGCUGAACUGCAGGAUUGGGUGAAGAAACAACAAGGCUCAGUCGCCGACUGGCUGAUGAGGCCUUGCAAGCUACGCUCUGAGGCCGCACAACAAGAACUGGUGUCUAUGAAUGAUCUGCUCAAUUCCAUUGGCGAUAAGCGUUCCCAGCUUAUGCUGGAAAUGACGGGAUCAUUGGGCGAUGAGGACACCGAUCUGGAUGAUAACAUCGAUAAGCUGGAAUCAGAGCUGAUGGACGCCAUUGCCAAGAAGCAGGCGGGUCAAAAUGUCAUCGAUGGCUAUCGCCAGGGCAUGCAGGAUGUGCAGAAUUGGUUCGAUUCAUUGAUUAAGCGUAUGGAUGUGCUCGAUCGCGGCUCUGGCCUCAAUUGUGCCCAGAAGAUGGCUGCCAUCAAUGAGAUCAAGAACGAGUAUGAAUUGCAAGGACAUCCCAAGAUCCAAGAGCUCAAGGGCAAGGCAGCUCAAGUCGCUGAGGUGAUUAGCAACCUAGAUGGCCAACAAGUCGAAGAGCAAAUGAAAUCGUUGGAUCGUCGCUUUGCUGAUCUUGGCAAGCGCAUCGAUCGCAAGGCUCAGCUGCUGGAUGUGACCAACAAGGGCGUUGAUGGCGCUAAGGGUGAAAUCGAGCAGCUCCAACUGUGGGUUAAGCAGCAAAUCGAUGAGCUGCAAGCUCCUGCUGCACUUGGAUUCACUCCUAAAGAUGCAGAGGCUCGUCAGCAGAAGAUUAAGAGCUUAAUGAAGGAUGCAGAGGCCAAGCAAUCGCUUGCCGAUGUGCUGGAGAAGCGCAUUGCCAACAUGCAGCCCGAACUGGAGUCUGCCGAGUACGCACAAUUGGAGUCUGCGCUGCGUAAUCUUAACAGUGAGAAUCGCAACUUGUCUGGCGUCCUCAAGGCCGAGCUUGACAAAGCUUUGGAGGCGAGCAAGGCGCGUAAGGCGCUGGAGAAUGAUUUGGACAAGGCUCGUCAAUGGCUGAAAUCCAAAAUAUCCGAAGUGCGCAAAUUGCCGGUUUAUCAUCCAUUGACCUCUGCAGAGAUUGAGAAGAAAAUCCAGGAGAACAAGAAAUACGAUGAUGAUGCCAAGCAAUUCAAUGAUAGCGUACUAAGUGAUGUACAGCGUCAAGCGGCCAAUAUCAUGAAGGAUUGCGGCGAUGCUGACAAGGCGGCGCUUCAAAAGAUUCUCGAUGAAAUCGCAGCUGACUAUCAGACACUGAAGGAUGAGAGCGGCAAGCGCGGCAAGUCCUUGGAUGAUCUGCUUCAGGGUCGCAAAGCCUUUGAGGAUUCUAUGAAGAACAUGGGUGAUUGGUUAAAUGAAAUGGAAACCGCCACCGAAGGUGAAUUGCGUACCACCAGUUUACCAGUGUUGGAGGAACAGUUGGCGCACUACAAGAAGCUGCUGCAGGACGCCGAGAACAAGGGUGGACUUAUCAACGAUGUGUCCGAGCAGGGUAAGAGCAUCUUGCCCACGCUCAGCAAUGCCGACAAGCUGAAGCUCAACGAUGACAUUAAGAACAUGAAGGAUCGCUAUGCACGCAUCAAGCAAACGAUUGAUGAUCGCACUAACACCUUGGGUGAUCACAUCAAGAAGUACAAGGAUGCCAAGAAUAGAUUGGCUGAUUGCAGUCAAUUCCUUGGCACCAUUCAGCAGCGUUUGCGUGAACUCAAUCGUCCGAUUGGCUCACGAAUUGAGGAUGUGCAAGAUCUGUUGGGCGCCUAUGAAGGCAUUCUCAAGGAACUCAAGGACAGCAAGCACAAAAUGGGUGACAUGCAAAUGGAUGAUCUGCCCGAACUCCAAAGCAUUCUGAGUCAACAGGAUGACAUGAUCAAAAUGAUUGAGGAUCAAUUGGCGCAUCUGCGACAACUUUUGCUGCUGCGCGAGCAGUUCAUUGCUUUGAUCAACGAGAUUAUUGCCUUCAUUAUGAAGUACACUGAUGUCAUCAUCGAUAUCGAGAACUCGCCCGACAGCCUAGAGGAUAAGAUUAACAAGUACGACAAUGUGAUUGUUAAGAUUCAAGAGUGCGAAGGUUUGCUCGCUUCGGCCAACGAUAAGGGCCAAAAGAUUGCCUCCGAGGGCAAUGCUGCGGAUAAGAACAGCAUCACCGAGCAGCUGCAAUCGCUGAAGAAUCAAUUGCAAAAUCUCCGCAAGGCUGUUGAGUCGCAACGCCAGAAGCAUCAACUGCAGCUCGAAUCCCACAAGAAGAUGGCCGCCGAGUUGAGCGAUAUUCUCGACUGGUUGCACAGCAAUGAAGGUGCUGCCAAGUCACGUCCAUUGUUGGAUCGCGAUCCCGAGUCAGUGGAACGUGAACUGCAGAAACAUCAUGCACUAAGCAAGGAAAUUGAUGACCAUUUGCAGAAGUUCAACAAAAUUAACGACAGCGUCAAGACAGAGUUGGGCAUGCCCAGCUCUCUGCUGGAGAUGCUCUCCGAGGGUCGGUCGCUGGUCGCCUCGCUGCCCCACGAGUUGGAGGAGCGCGAGAAGUACUUGAAGAACAAUCGUGAUUCGCGUUUGGAGUACAUGCAACUGGUGGCCAAAUUCAACGAUUGGGUCCACGAGGCUGAGCUUCGUUUGCAGAACAGCCAGCAUGGCAUUGACUACGAGCAUCUGGUGCAUGAUCUGGAUGAGCACAAGAUCUUCUUCAGCAACGAGGCACCCAUUCGUAAUUUGGUGCACAAGCAAAUCCAGGAGGCAUCCGACAAGAUCUGGUCCUCAUUGAACAACUACGAGCAAUCAGAGCUGUCCGCCGAAUUGGCACAGUUCCAGACCAAGUUGGCCAACACAUUGGCCAAUGCCAAGACCCAGCAGAGUGAGCUCGAAAAGGAAGCGGAACGCUGGCGUGAAUACCAACAGUCCAUCGAUCGCGUCAAGGCCACCAUCGAACGCACCAAAUUCAGCGAUGAGCCUGUACAGAAUUUGGCUGGUCUUCACUUUAAUAUUCAGAAGCUGUCGCAUGCCAUUGGAAAUGUACAGAGCCAGAACAGCGAUCUAUCGCUAGUGAACCAGCAGGCACAAUCCCUGAUAAGGCAAGCCGACGCCCGCAAUCGUCAAUUGAUUGAGCAGGAUAACGCGAAUUUGAACCGCAGCUGGCAGGAUCUGGUGCGUAGCCUGGAACAGCGACGUGACAAUCUGCAACAGUUGGCCGAGCAUUGGGAUACAUUUGAGAAUAGCCUGCACGACUGGGAGAAGGCAUUAGGACGUUUGGCCGAUAAGUUCCGCAAUGUCGACCCAACUGUAAGGUCCCGACGUCAUUUGGAAGAUACAAAGAAUGCCAUUCAGGAACUGCGUGAGGAAUCAAAUGAACUUAAAUCAUCACAUAAAGAAAUCGAGGCGCUCUCAAAAUCCAUCCUCACAUUCCUUGGGGAAGUACACAAACCCUCGGCGGAGGCCAUACAGGCCAAAGUGGAUAAGUUAGUUGAACAGCAAUCAAAAUUGAACGAUACAUUACGCGAUAAGGACCAACAAGUUAGCAAGGAUCUCGAGGAGAUCGAACAAGUGUUCCGCCGCAUCUCGCAGCUGCAGGACAAGUUGAACGCACUGCACGAUCAAUUGCAAUCCGUACACGUCUACGACGAACACAUUGCCCAAACGGAACAAGCACUCAUCACAAUCAACAGCCAGGUGAAACAGGCAGCCGAAGAAAGUCGCGCGCUUGUCGCACAAACGCAAACGCACUAUCAAACCAAACAGAAUCUAUUGCCCAGCGAUAUUGCCCAAGAGUUUACCGCACUCGAACUGUUAGCGGAACGCGUGCAGGUAGCCAUGGAGACCAAAGAGAAGGAUUUCAAGCGCGCCAAGACCGUUCGCACCGAAUAUCUUGCCGGUGUCGAUGAGAUUCAGCGCUGGCUUAUGCAGGCCGAGGUUCAGGUGCAAGAGCGCACCUUGGAGCCGACACAGAUGAAGGAGCUGCUGCAGCGUAUCAAUCAUGAAAUCGGCACCAUUUACGAACGCUUUACGCUGGUCAAGACCAACGGACAGCUGAUCAUUGAGAAUAGUCGCAACAGCGAGGAGAAGACGCUGGUGCAGACAACAAUCGAUCAGUUGGCCGCUCAAUUGGCCCAGGUGCGCGGUUGGUUGGACGAGAAGAAACAGGCUGUGGGCGAUAGUUUGGAUGCAUGGACACGUUUCAUGAAUCUGUAUCAAAUUGUGAUGUCUUGGGUGGCCGAGAAGCGUACUUUCAUCGAUCAAACGAUUGAGCUGCGCACGUUGCCCGAGGCACGCAAUAAGCUGAAUGAUUAUGCGACGGCUGUGAAAAGUAUUAAACCGAUUGUGAAGCAUUUGAGCGAAAUGGACAAGGAACUGGAACACAUUGGUCAAGUGACAACUGUGGGCGAUCUCAAGGACAAGCUGCAGCAGGCUGAGGAUGCGAAGAUAUCCGUGGAAGCGGUGCUACUGGAGAGGAACUCACUGCUGCAGGAAGCCUGCGAGGAGUGGGAUCAAUGCGAACGCAAGAUCAAGGAUAUACGACAAUGGCAUGAAAAGACCAAACAGACAUUGGACUCCUCACCACAGUUGAAGAAACCCCUGCGCGAUCAACUGGGCUAUUGUGAAAAGACUCUGGCCGAUAUUAAUGUGCAAAAAACCAAACUAAGAUUGUCGAUUGAAAAAUUAGAGGUACACUUCCGCAAUGGCAUGGGUGGCGAUCCACGCCUUAGCGAGAACGUUGACGAUUUGGUGCGAUUGCUCGAUGGACUUGGCGAUGUGGUUAAGACCAAAUCGCAGAGCCUCGAGCAAACGUUGUCCCAAAUCGAUGUGUAUCAACAACAAAUGCAAACGCUUCGCCAGCGUAUCAUACAGGAGGAGCAGCAACUGCGCCUCGUUAUGGCGCCUACGUACUUGCCACACGAUCGUGAGCGCGCAUUAGCCGAGCAACAGGAAUUAUUAACGCAAGAACUCGACGAACUGCUACAAUCGCUCUCAACCGUCGAGGAUGGCAUUGGAAAUAUGAACUACAGCAGCUUGGAAGGCAUGCUACAGGGACUGAAGCUAAUCCAAGACAAUCUGGAAGUACACGAGAAAGAAGCACGCAACCUCAAGGAACAAGCGAAGGCAUUGCCCACAGAUCCGGCUACCGAGCGUCUGCUUAACGAAACUACAGAUCGAAUUGAUCUGCUUUUGCGACGCACACAGCAAGGCAUCACCAUGAUAGCCAACGCAAUGCAUGGUCAAAAGAAGCGCGAGCAGGAGAUCGAUGAAUAUCAGCGUCAUUUAUUGGAACUCGAACGGUGGAUCAACGAAGUAUCCGCCGAACUGGCCUCGUUUGAGACAACGCCCGAGAGCACCAACGAUGAGCUUGUGCUCAAGACACAGGUCGAACGCAGCCAGCAAUUAUUGCGCACGUUAAAGGAGCGCCAGCAGUCUAUGGAUGAUUUGGUUGAGCAGACACGUCAAUUGCAGGGCCAACCCGAUGUGGCUCCUUUGGCCGAUACACUUAUGGAACAGCUCCAGAGCAUAAUCAUCAUAUUGCGUGAGCAAAUCACUGUGGCGACCACACGUAUCUUCACUAUUGAGAAACGCAUCGUGGAGCUGCGAAAGGCCAAGAGCGAUGAUGCUCAGCGACAGCGUGUGCUGCAGGAUGCCAAGAUUCAGCCACCAAUUAGCACUCAUACGGCACCUGAAUCAAUCGAAUCCAACGAGAACACAAUUGAUUCCAGCUCGAUGCCUGAGGAGGAAGUCAAACCAACCGGCAUCUAUGUGGAGACGCAGACAUCAUUCAGUGAACGACAGCCAGAGCAACAGUUGCCACAACAGCCUGUACAACCACAGAUAACCACUAGUAAUGUGGAGGCCCAAACAAGUUUCCAGGAACCUCUGCCAGUGGCGCCCGUUGAAACAGCUGAAGUGGCACUGCAAACGCUAAAGGAACGUCCACCAACUGAGAACAUAAUGGUCACGCAGACACUACAGGAUGGCCAACAGACGAUACAGAUUGACACGACUCUGAACAAGCAUGUCGAUGAAACACCCGAGAAUGUGGAGAUUGAGGCGCGUUAUCAUCAGCAGCCCAAGGGUGAUGUUGACCGUGCCACCGAGUUGAUACUGAAAAAUGUACCUCAGGCAUUCGAAACUACAUUCGUGGAGCCCGAUGACACAACCACCGAGGUGGUUGUUGGUGCAGAUGGCACCAAGCAUAUUGUUGUGAAGAAGAUUACAACUCGUACGCGUCAACAAAUCGUGCAACAACAACAGAUCAGCUCCAUCGAGACUGUCAGCGAUGCCGAUGGCAACAUUGAAGUAAAGUCUACAGGUCAAAUCAAUUUGGAGAAUGUGCAGAACACAGAUACCAUUGCUGAUCCCCAGCAGAGCAGUGUACGCACUGUGAUCACACAGCAGACAAGAGGCACACUUCUGGAUGGCUCUCAGCCUGAUACGGUGACUGUUAGCGAGUUCGAAACCGAGCCAGUGAUUGAGCAAUAUGAGCAGCUGAUGAGUCCUGAUACCGAGGGCAAAUUGCAACCAUUCCGUGCCGAAGCUGGACAAUCUGACCUGGAGACACACGGCAGUAUACGCACCGUGAUGCAGCAGGUGACGCGCAAGGUUAUACGCAAAACACGCAAGAUUAUCAAGCAUGUGACAAUCGUUAACGGAAAGGAGCAUGUGACUGAGGAAAUUGUUGAGGAGCCAGAAGAGAUUGAGGUCACGGAAGAGGAGACAUCGCCGCAUGUGAAUAUCAACAUAGUGCGAACGGUGAAUGGCAAAGUGGUGAGUGAAGAGGAGUUCCAGCGUUUGAUGCAGGAGCCGGGUGUCGUCAUCGAAGAAGUUGCGACGGACCUGUCCCAAUCAGAGACAGUGGAACCGCAGCAACAGGUAUUUGAUAUUGAGUCUAUCAACAUCAGCACCACAACAACAACACAACCAGAACAACAACCAGAACCACAACAACAACUCGAUAUACAGACAGCACCAACAACAACUACAACCAUUACAACAACAACCAAAACAACUGAAACGACUAAAGAAGCACCUGUAGAAUUGUCAGCACCUCAAGUAGACAUUGAAGAAACCGUAGAAGUUGCAACUACCAGUCCUGUUAAUGUUACAGCAGCGGCAGUAACUACAACUACAACAACAACGACUAGCACAACAACUACAACUACAAUUCCACAAGAAAUCCCAACAACAACACCAAUAGAGACUGAAAUAGAGACCAAGACAGAGAGUGAGAUCGAAAUUGAGCCUGUGGUUGAAGAUAUCAAUGAGAUUUGGCCAGUCGAACAUCAUCUGAAUCCCACUAACAUUGAAUUCUCUGAUCAUGAAACCUCGCUCAUUCGACAGACAGCUGGAGGUCUACCAGCUGAAGAUCCCUCCAUGCCAGUUGAUACCAUUUGGCCAACAAGUCCCGAAACUGGCAAUUCUGUCUCUCUCGAAUCCUAUGAAUUUGAACCAACAUCCCCAAGACCUAAGACUGAACAACCUCAAGUUGAGGUUUCAAAACCAACGGAGCAGCCACAAACACCUAAAAAGACUGACACGGAAGCCUUCCUGCAAGCAGAACAAGCACAAGCUGAACCUAUUAAGGAACAGCCCCAGACUACGGCAGCAAUUGCAACUUCAGAAUCCCCAGUUGUUUCUGAAAUUGUCGAAACGAAGGCGCCCCAAACUGAUGUGCGUGUGGCAACUCAACUGUUCAUUUCUGGCGAGGCAGCUGAUGCCGAAUCCCCACGUAAAACCUACCAGAUCACAGCACCUUCGGUGGCUACAGCUGCCGGAGUUGGUGUAUUAAAGGUGGCUAUGGAUGUGGCAGAGCCGGCAGCACAACUGCCCGGCAAGGUUACCAUGUCCAUUGUAGAAACUGUUGUUGCCUCGACCCCAGAUCGUGAUGAUGACGCUAGCACCAAGCGAAGUCGAAAGAAAAAGAAGAGAAGAGAUUCGGAACCUGUCGAAGAUCUUACACAACCAAAGACUGAACCCAAAGUUGAAGCUUUGCCCGAGCCGAUUCCUGUUUCCGAUAUCGAAGCGGAGUCUGUGCAUGAAACUGGCUACGAAGCCGAAGAAAAGACUGUUGCCGACGACGAUGAUUCCACGGAUUCGAAGAAGAAACGCCGCAAGAAGAAGAAGCAGCAAAAGGAAAAGGCUGAGGAAGAAGAUUCACAUGCACCCAUCUCUUCCGACAACUCGCCACGUGACGACACCGCUAGCAUUGAAUCGGAGGGCAAGGUGCGUCAUGAAUCGAUUGUGCAGAUCAGCGAUGAGAGUAACUUGUCCAGCAUCGACAUUGAUACAACCGUCAAAGUGAUUGAAGAUGCAGUUAUUACUUCACCUUCGGAGUCGCCACGCCAACCAUUCACCGAACUAGUUAUCCCGACCGAAGUCGUUGAGCUCGCACUCGUUGAGGACGUGGAGCAGCAGACGACACCACGUGUGCCAACGCCAACAGCUGUAGAAGUUGAGCAAGAGAUUAAAUCCUCGCAGACAUCGCCACAGCAUCAGCCACAGCUCGAUGAGACGGCAGUGCAAACCAGUCUGGAUGUGCAACCCGACAAUCAGGAGAAUGAAUCCCAAACACUGAUUGUGGAGAUUACGGAAACCGAAGCUCAGACGACGCCACGUACGCAGGACGAGCAGCCGGAGCCGGUCGAAGUCUCGACAACAGAAAUCCAAACCGAUGUCAGCGGCCAACCCCGCGAGACUGUCGAGAUAUCCAGUCAAACAAUUGUGACAACCACCAUUGAGAAGGAGUUGCAAACAACGCCUAAGGAAUCUCCACGUGAUGUUGAGCCCAGGAGUGAGCAAGUAGUGCCAUCGCUGGUUAACGAUUUGGUUAAGGAUAUGACCAUUGAUUUACCAGUACCCACUACAGAGCAAUCCACGUUCACAGAAGUGACGACCACAACGGAGACGCAAAUGCAAACAAUGACACCGGAGCCCACAGAGCAAUUGAUCGCUGCCAACACUGUGGAACCUGUCGAGUUGAGCGAUGUACUUGUGCAGACCACACCGAGACAGGAUAGCCCGCAACAGCCAGCCUCCCUGGAAGACAGCUCACUCACUACCACAUCCAUUUCGGAACCAUACGAGCUGGAGGUGCGUACCACAGUGGCCAUACCACCUGACUCGGAUACAUCCGUGGUGGAGCCAACUUUGUAUGAGUACACCCAAACAAUUGAGCUGCCCAAGCCGGAGAAGCCCAGCAAAAAGGGCAAAAAAGCCAAGAAGGAUGCCAAGGAGCCACCAGCAGUGCCAGAAGUGGAUCAACAAAUCAGUGUUACAGUUGAGAUUGCACCUGAGCUGUUGUCGGAAUCGGGCAUUGUAAUCUCCACCAACCAGCAAGUGGAAGAGGUGCCAUGUGUGCCACCUACAGUCGAACCAAUUGAGCCCGCUGAGAGCGAUGCGCAGAAACCACAAAGGGUUCAGCUGCAAAUCACCAAAACAACGGUUUACGACGAGUAUCCCGAUCUGCCAGUGCACAUCACCGAGCAGAAUAAGGUAAGCAUUGCCUCGCAGCAGCAACAGAGCAGCAGCAGCAAGCCACGCACUGGACCCACCUCGUCAGUAACCAUUGAAGAGGUUGCCUCGCCCACCGAGGAGUUGAUUGUGCCCAUCACACCGGGCCCCGAUGUCAAUCAAGAAAACAUUUGGGUCGCACCCACGAGCAACGUUAAUGUGGCGCCGACUCCACUAGAUGCUUCACAAGCGCUGAUCAUGAGCGAGAGCCUGCAGCUUUAUCCGGGCAACAAGCAACAGCAGCCGCAAGUGUUGUGGACUGAAACCAAGGAGGCCAUUGAUAAUCGUAUCAGGCAUCUGAAACAAGCCUCACCACAGCAGCAAACACCGCUAAGCGAUGUGCUGCACUUGGCAACACUGUCCGAGCAGAUUAAGCAAGUGCCCAGUGAACAGCGCCUGGUAGAGGUCAACGAUGGGUUACAGUCUUUGGAUGCGGCCAUUCGCAGUGGUGACAAAACCAUCAUACACACUACUGUUAUCACGGUCAUUGAAAAGGUCUCAACCUGGCUGGAAACGAUCGAGUAUCGUGUCUAUUUGAUACGUCAGAACUCAAAUGAAGGUCCUUCCGAACAGAAGCUGAGCAACUACAAUACACUGAACGAUGAGUUGCAUGCCAUCAAACACAAUGUUCAAACAUUGGAGGGGCAACUGCAGCACGUUGACAAACCAUUGGGUGAGGAGCUCUUGCACUGCGUGGACACACUAAAGGAGCAUGUGGAUGCAGUGCAACAGGUGACGCAACAGAAUCAAGAGCAAGACAGCAACGAUCUUGACAAGUGGCACAACUUUGAGCUGCUUUUCCACGAAGUGACCGUCAUGCAGGAACAACUGCAGCUACGCUACGAGCAGGCUACCAGCCAAGAGCAUCCGCUCUCCGUGAAGCUUGCCAUACUUAAUGAGCUUGAGCAGCAGCACGCAGGUUGCCAACAGCCGUUGGCUGAGCUCAUGCAGACGGCACGCUUUGUGCAACGCGAUUUCCCCGGCAAGAAGAUGCCACAGGAUGUGCACGCCGCUUACGAGGCGAGUAUGAACAUUGGCAACAGCAUCGAGGCGGAGCGCGAUCGUCUGCUGCAACUGCAAUCCUUGGCCGAGGAGUACGAGCAAACGCUGAAGGAGUUCACCAACAUCACAGUAUUAGCCGACAAGAUGAUGGAGAGUCCGAUUGUAUCCAGUUCGCUGGAGCAGCUGAACAACGAGGUGCAGAAACAACGCAAGUUCUUUGUCAAUCUCAGCCAUUGCCGGGCCAUGCUUGAGUCCUUGGAGGAGAACAUUGACAGCGAGACGCGUGAGAAGCACUCGGAACUGCACAAGGAACUCUAUCAGAAGGCAACCCAGCUUCUGGAGCGCGCUUCAGAACGUUCCUCGAAGCUGGUGCAAGCCGCUUCCCGCUGGACUGUGCUGGAGAAGGGCAUGCGUGAUGAGUUGCAGUGGCUACAGGUGGCACAACAACGUGUGCCAGAUCUCUCGGCUGUAACUUCCGCCGAUUACGAUCAAUAUGCCACGCUCUAUCAAUCGCUGAGCAAUGACAUCUCGCAUCACUAUGUGAAGAUGACCCAACUCUCGGGCAUAGCCAACAAACUGCAAUUGCUGGUCCAAGCGCCAAAUCUGGUGGAGGAAACGAACGAGGCGCUGAUUGUAUUGUUGAAGCUGCGCGAAGAAGUUGCACUAUAUCUGCAUCGCCUGUUGAUCUUCAAGGAGAUCUGGGUGCAGUACGAACAACAGACCGACAAAAUGGAGGCAUUCGUACGCGAAGCGGAGCAGGAAUUGCGUCAAAUCCAAAUACCCACGAAACCCACAGAGGAGCCCAUACCACAUAUGCGUCAGUUCUGGGAGAUCAAGGCACGCUUUGAGCUCCACAACAACAUACGCAAUGAGGCAGGACACAGUUUGGAGAAAUCUCUGAAGGUUAUUCCAUUGGCCGAUGAGAUGCUGCAACGUCAAUUCCAUGCCCAGCUCGAGGAUCGCUGGCAAGCCGUAGCCCAGGCCAUCGAGCUCAUCCAGCACAAUAUUGUGGAGUGCCUUUCCUCGGAAGAUAUGCCGCCCGAUGAGAAACUGAAGCUGGUCGAACGUGAAUUGCAGGAAAUCUACCUGACCAUGACCAGCAUGAAGGGUGUCAUCAAGAACGAAGAGGAACUCAGUCUGUACAUUGAGCGGGUUCAAGUGCUGCGCACUCGCGUCGGCUUCAUUGGCAACGAACUGGGUCGCAUUGGCCUCCAGGAGCCUGCGAUUGAGCCCGAGAAGGUGGGCGAACUCUUUGCUCUGUCUCACAAGAUUACCACACAGAUUGCUGAGGAACUCGAAUUUGCUUCCGUGCUGCGCGAUCAGCUGCAGGCCAUACACGAAGGCAUCAGCAGUCAGCGCAAACAUCAGGCCAAGAUCUCGGUCAUACUCGAUGAAUGCGAGGCGGCCGAACGUCAAGGAGCCGAUGUGAUCGAGAAGGCCGUUGCCGAUUGCCAGGCAGCCGGUGAAGAACUCGUUAACAGUUGGCAGGAAAUAAUGCGUAUACGCCAAAUGCUCCACACGCUGCCCAUGCGUCUGAAGAUGUCUGUGUCGCCUGUGAAACUGGAACGUGACAUAUCCCAACUGCAAGAUGAUCAUGCUUUCCUCGAGAGCAAGUGCACCAAUAUUAUGGCCAUACUACGCAAUCGUUUGGCUAUCUGGCUGCGCUACGAGCGACAGUUGGAGCUGGUGCAUGGCUCUGUGCAGGAGACGGACUUUAUGAUGGAACUGAUACGUGUCCACGGACAGGUUGACUACGAACGCCUGCGCAAGGCCACCGAGAGAUUGGAGGGCUUGGCUGGUGAUCUGCAUAAUCGAGAGCAAUUGCUGGACGAGCUUAAGGGCGCCGCAAAGCCAUUGAUCGAGAGCUGUGAUGUCCAGAUAGUCGAGCAAAUUGAGUCGGCCGUACAGGAUGCAGUAGUCGCCUGGAAUGAUACCACGGAUAAUCUGCAACAGCUUUGCACACGCUAUCAGCGAGCCGUUGAGCUUUGGGAUAAAUAUCGUAACGCGUCGGCGGCGGUCAAGAGUUGCAUUGAACAACAAAUGGAUAGCGUAAAGUCGCUCGAGCAGCCCUUGGAUGCCAUGCAACAUGCCAAGGUCUGUCAAGACAAUCUCACCACACAGAAUGAUCGUCUGUUGGAACUGCGCGACAUUGUCGCCAAAAUCGCCGCAGAUGUUGGCCUGGAUGCCUCAUCGUUGAUGCAAGGUGAACUCGAUGCGUUGGGUCAGCGUUUGGCCGAAUGCAAGGAUGCGAUAACGACGCUGGCAAACGUGGCCGACACACAAGACAAGGAACGCAAACAGCUCGACAAGGAGGUGACACAGGCCAAGGUCUACUUCAACAAUGUGCAGCAGGAUAUUACACGUGGCGAGCCGCAGACGCCCAAGGAGAGCGAAGAGCAGCUGGCCGCACUGCGUGCCCAUCUGCAGACACUCGCUCGCACCGAGGAGCAGCUGCGUCAAUUGCGCGAACGCCAGCAGAACAACAGCAACCAUGUGCUGGCUCCCGCCGAUGCCAAUGCCGCUGAUGAUAGCAUACUCGAGGUGUUGGCGCUGUGGCAGAAGAUAUUCCAGGAUACGUUCCAGGAGUAUCAUCGCCUCUCCACCCGACUGGCACGCACCCAGAACAGCUCGGAAGCGUUGCGCCUGUGGCGCCAAUACCUGCAGCAUGUGCAAUCGUUCCUGGCCUGUGCCAUACCCGAGGACUACAGUAGUCUGCGCGAGCAGCAACAACUGUGUGCCAUCCACCAGAAUCUGCUCAUCUCUCAACAAAGUGUGCUCUCCGAGACGCCUCUCGAAUCGGAACUAUCCGAGCAGUACAAGGCGCUGACGAAUCUGCACAACGAGACGCUGUCGCGAAUUAUGCAGCGCAACGAUGAACUGGAACAACGUGUGAGCGGCUGGAAUGCCUAUCGCCAGCAGUUGGCAUCGCUGCUCGACUGGCUGCGACAACGCGAAGCCGAGCGCAAUGCGCUGCAACUGCGCUACAUUCAUCUGAAGCGUGUGCCACAUCUGAAGGCGCGUCUCGAUGCAUUGCUGUUGCAGCUGGCACGUGGCGAGCAGCAGAGUGCGGCACUGAAGGCACAGCAGCAACAGUUGCUGCCGUAUUGCGACGAUGCGCUGGCCACCGCCAUGCGCAUGGAGCAGGCGAGCAUCAAUCAGCGUAUUAGCAAUCUGCGUGCCGCCCUCGAAACCUGGCAGAACUUCCUCAAGCGCAUCAAACAGCUGUCCGAGUCAUACGAUGAACGUGUGCAGCAUCUGCAGACGGAGUUCGGGAAGGCACAGCAGUUGUUGGAUCAGGAUGCCCAACACCCGGCCACACAGCCAGCGGAGAUUGAGCAGCGUUUGGGUGCACUGCGGGCGCAGCGCGUUCAACUGGCUGCCCAGGCACCGGCGCUGGAGAGCCUUACGGUCAGUCAGGAGGAGCUGAAGGAGUGCAUCAGUCCGCACGACAUGAAGGCGAUACGUCAGCGCAGCUUCCUGCUUUGGCAGCAGCAUGCCGACCUCGACUAUCAGCUCUCCGUGCUCAUCAACUCGAUUGAGGAGCGUCUGUCGCUGCUGUCCAAUUACCAGACCAGGUACGGACGCAUCUCGCAGUGGCUGCGCACUCUCGAGGAGCGUGUGGAGCGCGAUGGCGAUGUUGCGGCCAUGGCCAAUCCGGAACAGGCAGCCAAACAGCUUGAGCAGCAGAUCAAUGGUGAGCUGCAGCUGCGCGAUAAGGAACGCGAAUGGUUGCUCUCCGCUGGCCGGGAGCUACUCACACUCUAUGCGGAUGCUUCGCCGCAAUCGCAGGAGGUGCGCGGUCAGGUGCAGCAGCAAAGUGAUGCGCUCAUCGAUCGCUGGAAUCGUCUCAAAUUCCUGUGCAAACAGCGUGCCACCAAGAUUGGCGAACUGAAACAAACGCUGCUGCGUCUUGAGGAGCGUAUUGCACUAAUCCGUGCCUGGCUCUUUGAGGUGGAAUCACAGCUGGACAAACCGUUGAGCUUUGAGAGCUACACGCCAAAUGUCAUCGAAGCAAAGCUCCACGAACACGAACAAAUUCAGCGUUCGAUUGAGCAUCAUAGCAGCAAUGUGGGUGAGGUCUUGAAUCUUGUCGAGAUGCUGCUGAACGAUGCGGACAGUUGGCGCACCCAGGUCAAUACAACUGGCCUGGCAUCAUCUGCCCAAAAUCUGGAGCAACGCUGGAAGAACGUUUGCAGUCAGUCCGCGGAUCGCAAGCAACGCAUCUUGACCACAUGGAAUCUGCUGCAGGAGCUCAUCAAGCUAACUACCGAACAAAAAUCGUGGGUGGCCAAGCAGGAGUCGCAGCUGUCCAGCUAUGAGCGUGAUCAGAAGUAUGUGAACAAGCAGAAGCUCGAAGAGCGACAGCAGGCACUGCGUGCCAAGCUGCAGGAGCUGGAAAUCGAGUCGGUUAAUCUGCGUCUACUGGAGCAAACGUAUGCCAAGCUGACGAGCAGUCCUGGCGUUGAGCCCGAGAACAUUCAGAAGCUGACGCUUCCCACCAAGGUGAUGGUCAGCAAGUGGCGUCAGCUGACGCCGCGUUUCCAAACGCUGCUCGAUGCCAUCGACAAGGACGCCAAGGUGAUGCGUGACUUUAACAACGCUCAACUGGAACUUACUAAAUCCCUGACGAGUAUUCAAAAGACGCUCGAGCAAGUCCCGAAUGCGGAGAGCGAUGCGGCCAACGUUGAACCACAAGCUGUGCUGCAGCGUCUUGAGGGUCUGGAGCGCAAGUUGCAACAGACCGAGCAGCAGGUUCAGCAAGCGGAUGCUCUAGGCAAAGAGGCUGAAGUGCGCACCAAACAACAACCAGCGCAGCUGAAGCAGUUGCUCAAGCUGAUCACAGAGUACACUCUGCUGUGGAAGACGGUGCAGACGCAACUGGUCACCGUGAAGACCACUUGGGCCGCACGUGCAGCCAAGCAAUUGGCCGGUGCCGUCAAUGAGACACACGCCAGUGUCCAGGUGAACACGCUGUCCCAGCGCAAGCUGCGCCAGGCACAACUGCAACGGGAAACCUCGAUUACGGCCAAGGAUGCCUACAUCAUGGAACUGCAGACGGCGAUUACCGAGUGCCGCAACAAUCUGGAUGAACUGCAGCGCACCAUUGUGGACAAGACCCGCAAGCCGGGUCCCCAGAAAAUUGCCAAGCUGCUGGGCAAUGCCCAAUCCUCGACGGAGUUGGUGAAGCAUCUUAGCAAUCUGCUCGUCACCGAAUGCAAUGCGGAUAAUCAAGCGGCGCAAGUGGACACUGUAUCAGAGCUAACGUUGCGCUUUGAAACGCUGCAGUCGCAGUGGAAGGCGCGACAACAGCACGAUCAGAAUGCAAGUGAGGUCGGUCGGCUAACGUGUCCGCUCUGCACGCAACGCAACUGGCAACAGAUCGACAACGAUCUGUGGCGUCUGGAGCAGUGGCUGCAGUUUGCCGAGAGCACUCAGAAAUCUCAAACAACGCCACCCUCGAACAUUGAGCUGCUUGAGGAUGUGACCCAAGAUCAUCGCGAGUUCUUGCUGGAUCUGGAGAGUCACAAGUCGAUCAUCUCGUCGCUGAAUGUGGUCGGUGAUCAUCUGGCCACGCACACGCUGGACACGGAGAAGGCGCGUCAACUGCGCGGACGUCUCGAGGCCGACAAUGAGCGCUGGAAUAAUGUGUGCAUCAAUGCCACCAAAUGGCAGGGUCUGCUGCAGACAGCGCUCAUGGGCAACAGCGAGUUCCAUCAGACCAUCGAUGAACUGGUCGAGUGGCUGCAACGCACCGAGAAGAACAUCAAGGCAUCCGAGCCGGUGGAUUUGACCGAAGAGCGCUCUGUGCUCGAGGGCAAGUUCAACAAGUUCAAAGAUCUUCGGGCCGAACUGGAACGCUGUGAACCUCGUGUUGUCAGUCUACAGGAUGCAGCCGAUCAACUGCUGCGCGCUGUUGAAGGAUCCGAAGAGCAGUCCCAGCAAACCUAUGAAAGAACCCUUUCCAGAUUGACCGAUCUCCGCCUGCGUCUGCAAUCCCUGCGUCGUCUCUCCGGCAUCUACAUUGUCAAGCUGGGCGCCGUUCUCGGCUACGAGGGCGACAAUCUGGGCGUGCCAUUGCAUAUGUUGUCGAAUGAGCUUUUGGAUAAUACUACAUUAUCAACCUCUUCUAUGCAGGCCGCCGCACCCAACACAGAAAAUGCAAACGAUGGCGAUGCUGCCGAUGGCGAUGUCAUCAAUACCACGGUACUGGCGCAAGGUGCUCGAUUCCUAGGACGCGUUGCACGUGCCUCGCUGCCCAUCCAGGCGCUAAUGUUGCUGCUUUUAGGUGUGGCAACCCUGGUGCCCCACGGUGAGGACUACACCUGCAUGUUCUCGAACACCUUUGCCCGCAGCCUGGAGCCAAUGUUGUCGUAUCCCCACGGACCGCCACCAACAUAGUAAACGAGUUGUGUCCGCGCCAGGUUGCCCUUGGAUUAGUGCAAUAAAUUCACAGUAAAAUCACAAAAACAGAAUAAAACAAACCAAGAAACAAACAAAUGAUAAAUGUAAAAACUAACAAAAAUGUAAAUGUACCGAGAGUGUGGAAAACAGAACAGAGAAUAGAAAUGAAAUCAACAACACGAAUAUGCCUUUAAAAAAAAGAUAAUAUGAUAUGAUAUGAUAUGAUACUAUAUACUAUAAAACGCAGAACGCAUAUGCAAAUUCUUGUACAAGUUGUAAGGCGCAUAGAUUGCGUCAAGUAAUGUAAUGUCAUGUAAAUUUUUGUAAUUUUCCACAUUAUUGAAGAGUGUAUUUUUUAAUUUUUGUUGGGUAGCUAGAGACAUACUUACAAACAAUAUACUUCUGUGUACAUACAAAACAAAACAAAACUCGACGAGAAGAAACACUAAACAAAAAAAACUUAAAAAUCAAAAACAAAAUGAAACUAACGACAAGUAACGAAAGAAACACU